AUGAACGUCCUCAAGAUCCAGAGGAAAUUCCCUCAAUUCCAACAGCCCGAGAUCUUCUCGUUAGCCGACGCCUUCCGUAAGCUCGACGUUGACGACAAGGGUUACAUUGAUGAGGCUACCGCCAUCAAGGCCACUCAGACCAGUGAGCGCAAGCCAUACGAUGUCGUUCGUCAAGCGCUAAAGGAGGUUGAGCUCGACUCCUCAAGAAGAGUCGAGCUGGAGGAUUAUGUUGGUUGCUCCCUCCAACUCGCAAGGGCCUUUCCGCCCCCGCCGCCCGCCUCCCCCGCUGGCUGUGAUUUUCCCAAAAAUGCCGUCCUCGCCGGCGAUCCCGACAUCGGCAACCGCCUCCCCUUCCCAACCGACACGUUCGAGAUGUUCGACGAGUGCAAGGACGGUUUGGUGCUCGCCAAGCUCAUCAACGACAGCGUUCCAGACACGAUCGAUGAGCGUGUCCUGAACCGGCCCAAGGGAGCCAAGAAGCUCAACGCCUUCCAGAUGACGGAAAACAACAACAUCGUCAUUGAGUCAGCAAAGGGCAUAGGCUGCUCAAUUGUCAACAUUGGUGCCGGGGAUAUCGCUGAGGUCAGGGAGCAUCUCAUUCUGGGACUGAUUUGGCAGGUUAUUCGCCGGGGUCUGUUGGGCAAGAUUGACAUCAAGCUCCGCCCCGAAUUGUACCGUCUGCUUGACGAGGACGAGACUCUGGAGCAGUUCCUCAGACUGCCCCCUGAGCAAAUCCUCCUCCGGUGGUUCAACUACCACCUCGAUGCUGCCGGCUCGCGCAACAGGGUUACCAAUUUCUCGUCGGAUCGCGCUGAGGAGGUUCUCCAAAACGCUGACCGUCUUAAAUGCCGCAAGUUCUUGAGCCCUUCUUCGCUUGUUGCCGGUAACCCCAAGCUCAAUCUUGCCUUCGUUGCCAACCUGUUCAACGAACACCCCUGCCUUGGCUCAAUCACCGAGGAGGAGAAGCUCGAGGUGGAGGACUUUGAUGCUGAAGGCGAGCGCGAGGCCCGUGUUUUCACCCUCUGGCUCAACAGUUUGGAUGUGCAGCCCGCUGUCCAGUCCUUCUUUGACGACCUCCGCGACGGCACCAUCCUUCUCCAGGCCUACGACAAGGUUAUCAGUGGCUCGGUCAACUGGCGGCACGUCAACAAGCUCCCAGCGCACGGCGGUGAGAUGUCGAGAUUCAAGGCUGUGGAAAACACCAACUACGCCAUUGAGCUCGGCAAGCAAAACGGCUUCUCGCUUGUUGGCAUCCAGGGUGCGGAUAUCACUGACGGGCAGCGCACUCUGACGCUUGGUCUGGUCUGGCAGCUCAUGCGCAAGGAUAUCACUGUUACCCUGAAGGGCCUGGCGCAGCGGUUGGGCAAGCGCGAGAUCACCGAUUCGGAGAUGGUCCGGUGGGCCAACGACAUGGUGGGCAAGGGCGGUCGCAAAGGGACCAUCCGAUCGUUCAAGGACCCUGUCAUUGGGUCGGGUGUGUUCUUGCUGGAUGUGCUGAAUGGUAUGAAGAGCAGCUAUGUCGACUACGAUCUUGUCACGCCUGGGCGGAACGACGAGGAGGCGUAUCUCAAUGCCAAGCUCAGUAUCAGUAUUGCGAGAAAGAUGGGGGCGACGAUUUGGCUGGUGCCCGAGGAUAUUUGCCAGGUUCGCAGCCGUUUGGUGACGACGUUUAUUGGUUCUCUGAUGGCGACUCACGAAAAGAUGCAGUAG